UUCCGGAAGUUGUUGUUUCGGCUGCGUUUUAAGCUGCUGUGGGAGUUCGGGCGUUUUUUCGUCGCUCCGCAGAGAUGAAGAAGUUUUUUCAGGGUAUUAAAAGCGAUAUUAAAUUCAAGACUGCGGGACCCGGGCACAAGCUGAGCGAGGACAGGAGGGAGGACCCAACGCAAAGACCCAAUGAGCCUCCCAAGCCUCGAAAACCACCGACUGGGGAGGCCCAGAUAGCGGCAGCCACCGCCGCAAUGGCAAGAAUCGAGUCUCAGCAGGUGAAGAGCAAAGUCCUGGCCAAAGACCCCAUUAAGGCUCAGGUUAAGAAGGAGCUGGAAGCUGCUCUAGAGAAGGAGGAGGCGAAAAGCCUUAACGGCAGCACUGAGUCGAGAGUAAAGGAACCCACUACUGUAUGUAACAUUUUGUUCCGGUGCCCGCUGACCAGUGCCCUGCUGAAGAAAGAAGAAAGGGAGAGACAUAUCGCCGAAGUCCUACAGACCCUCUCCGCCACUGAUCCUACCUCUGGGUCCAUCAUGAAGAUUCACACGUUUAACAAAGAUCGAGAAAAGGUAAAAGUGGGAGUAGAAACCAUAGGGAAAUAUCUCGAUAACAUCAUUAAUCACCCAGAGGAAAAGAAGUAUUCCUCGAUCAGACUGUCCAAUAAGGUGUUCCAGGACAGGAUAAGUUGCCUGGAGGGAGCUCUUGAAUUCUUUGAGGCGAUUGGAUUUGAGAGGGAGACGCAAGCUGUGCCGGGACAAGAAGCACAGGAAGAGUUCCUGGUACUGAGCAGUACAGCGCUGGAAAGGCUGGAUACUCUGCAGAACUAUAAAGAUGCUCUUCUAACCGCGGAACCGGUAAGGGCGACCCUGGAACGCCAAGCACGGAUCUUCACUCCUUCCAUCCAGGCUGCGCAUUUCGAUCUCCCCGAUGACUUCUACAACCUGACGGCCGAGGAGAUCAAACGGGAACAAAGGCAGAGGGCCGAGGCGGUGGAGAGAAAUGCAGUGUUAAGAACCAAAGCGAUGAGAGAGAGAGAGGAACAACGGGAAAUGAAGAAAUAUAAUUACACGGUGAUAAGAAUUCGAUUGCCAGAUGGAUACAUCCUGCAGGGCAUGUUCUACGCUCGUGAACGUGUGUCUGCGCUGCUUGAGUUUGUUCGCGAACGGCUUCAGAACGACUGGCUCCCGUUUGAAUUGUUAGUCCCCUGUGGCCAGAAACUAGACACAGAGGAGGCUGCUCUCAAUGAGUGUGGAUUGGUCCCAUCUGCGCUGUUGACCUUCCGUUGGGAUGUAGCUGUCAUGACCGAUAUCAAGGCUGCGGUGGGGACCGGAGCAGAUAAUGUGCUGAAGCCGGAGCUGUUAACAACUGCAGAGACCCUCUUCUAGGUAUCAAAACCCACCCUCCUUCAUGCACAGAUCCUGUAGCGAAAAGAAGGCGAUCCCUACCCUAUAGAGAAGAGCGAGCUGUGACAUAGACCGAAUCUCCAAUUCCAGUUCAGAGAUCGUUGGAUUUUGUACACUACGUUAUUGAUAGUUAUCUGUUCUCUGGCCAAUGAAGAAACAGAAAAAAGUAUCUUCUUUUCUUAACAUUGUAAGGCUUUGAACACAGAGUGUUUAUUCUCAAUAUACAACUGAAAUGGCAACGUGCUUAUUGCCAAUUUCCAAAGAAAUCUUUUUAUAAGCCCCUUUGGAGUGAAGAACCAGGAA